AAAUGGAAAAAAAAAAUUAACAAAAGUAAAAGAGAAAAAUAAAUAUUCACUAUUGGCUAUACUGCUAAUCAGCUGAUAAACACGUUGUGUAUCAAUUUUAACCAACAAAACUUUAAUUUCAUUUAUAAACUUUUCACGAUGACUUAAUUUUUAAACAAAUGUUUUUAACAAUAUAUUAACAAUCUACAGAUGAUUGAAAAAUUAAAUAUUUUUACUGACAGUGUGUCAAAAUACAAAGUUUUAUAGUGCGACGCGUUUGAGAAUUUACCGCAAUAAUGUUUUCAUUAAAAAUCAAUAAAAUGUCAAUUCGAUUGAAUAAUUUAGUUGUAAAUAAUUGUAGAAAUAGAAAAGAAUAUGUUUUAAAUCAUCGACAAAUGAGAACGUUAAUAAUUUCUACUGAAAACAAUAAAAAAACAGUGAAACAUUGUUUAUUUGCGAACAUAACCUCAAUUUCGUCAUCAAAUGAAUUUUUCAAUAACAAAAGAACUUUUUGCAGUAAUAUUUUACCAAAAGAUCCUGAUAUUUUUGGUGAUGUUGGUGAGAAAAAAUAUGAUCUUGUUGAAUUGGAUGAAGCGGAAAAAAAUGUUGAAGAAUUUGAAGAAAAUGAGGCAAAACCAAUGGGAAAAUAUAGACGUACACCGGGUCAAUAUUCGAAUAUGAUAAAAAAACAUAUUGAAAACGGUGAUUUAUCAUCUGCUGAGAAUGUAUUAAAAAUUAUACAUAAUAAUCGUGAUAAACCAACAUUAUAUAUGUAUUCAUUAUUAAUAAGAGCAUUUGCCGUUCAGGGUAAUGUUAAAAAAUGUUUUAGGCUUUAUAAUAAAUUAAAAAAACGUGGAAUGACACCAAAUAAUGCUGUUGUUACAAGUUUAUUUAAUGCUUGUUCUAAUUCAUUGGACGAAAGAUCAUUGGAGAUUUUACAUGAUUUUAGAAGUUAUUUGUUUGAGAAGAAAUUUACAAUGAACGAAACACAUUAUAAUGCUUUAAUAAAAGCUUAUUCACGACAUUGUCUUGUUGAGGAAACAUUUCAAUUAUUAGACGAAAUGCGUGAUAAAAAUUUACGUAUUGAUGAUAUUACAUUUAAUAAUUUACUUCAUGGCGCGGCAUCACAAAAGGAAACAGGAUUAAAAUAUGCCCUUGUCGCUUGGCAUGUAAUGAAAUUUCGUAAUAUUAAACCAACAACAUUAACGUAUAAUCUUUUAUUUCGUGCAAUAAGAGAUAGUAAAUUGGGAAAUUUAAAAGUUAACGAUAUUAUAAUACCAGAAUCAGAGGAGGGUAGUAAAAUUAUUGUAACUGAAGGUGGUAGACCCGAUUUAUUGGCAACACCACCUGUUGUUCGUUUACUUCCACAACUUCAAAGUGAAAAAUUUAAACACAAGAGACAUAAGAAAUAUGAGAUUGAAGAACAAGAAUCAAUGCAAACUACAAUUGAUUUAAAUGAUGUUUUAAAGAGUAAUCGUUUAAUUCUCUUUGGUGGCUUUGAUGGUCUUAUGAAACGAAUGAAUGACGAUGGUGCUAUUCCAAAUGUAAAAACAUUUUCACUUUGUUUGGAAUUAAUUCCAAAUACAAAAGAGGCCGAGGAGCAUUUAAUUCGUAUGGCGCGUAAUAGAAAAAUUCAACUCGACACUGGAUUUUAUAAUGUAUUGAUAAAAAAAAGAUGUUUUAGAUUUGAUUACGAGGAUGCAAAGGCAGUACUUGCUGAAAUGGAACGAGAUAAUUGCGAGCCGGAUAUUAUUACUUGGGGAAUAGUUGCUCUCACUUGUCAAUGUAAAGAAGAUGGCAUGGCAUUGUUAAAUUGUCUCGAUAAUAUUGGUAUUAAUGCUAAUUAUUACAUUUAUGGUACAUUAAUACGCAUGGCGUGUAUUAAAAUGGAUUUGAAUUAUGUAAUAGAGUUGAUUGAAUCAAUGAUGAAACAAAAAGUUAGACCUAGUGACCAAAUUUAUCAUAUGUUAGAAAAACUCAAAAUAUCAGCAGCGGAAGCAAUUGAUGGGGAGUGGUCAAUAACAAAGGACCUGGACAGGUUUAAAAUUGAUUACACCAAGUUUAAAUUGCGUUUGGAAAAAUUGAAAAAAAUGUUUGGACAUGACAAAAGAGUGUAUGAAUUAUCAGAAGUUAAUUAAUUUAUCUUCGUUAAGAAAUAUUUUCUAUUCAAAGGUCGAGGUUCAGGAACCCAGGGUCGACCACGUGAUCCAGACAUGACACCACGUUGAGAGCCGGUACCACGAAUACUGAGCUUAUUGUAACCUGUUGGUCCAGUUGGUUGUGCACCGCAUGUUUCCAAUGCAACAAAAUCA